CCACUGUCCAGACGGGGCGCAGUUCCUCUCUGAGAGGCGGGACCUCCACCGGAUGGAGGACACACACCAACGCACUCCAAAAUGGCGAGCCGCGACAAGGAGCUGGAAGAGGAGAUUUACAACAAGGUCGUGGACCUGACCGAAUACGCCAAACGUCAGCGAUGGUGGAACGGCCUCUUCGGGAAGAACUCCGGCCCCUUAGCGGAGAAAUACUCCGUGGCCACACAGUUAGCCAUAGGGGGAGUGAGUGGAUGGUGUGCAGGAUAUCUCUUCCAGAAGGUCGGAAAAGUUGCUGCUACAUCCGUAGGAGGAGGUCUUCUGCUGUUACAGAUAGCCAACAAUAGUGGCUACAUCCAAGUGGACUGGAAGAGGGUGGAGAAGGAUGUCAACAAAGCGAAGAAGCAAUUAAAGAAGGGCACCGAUAAAGCGGGCCCAGAGAUAAACACGUUUGUUGACAAGUCCACAGUGUUCGUGAAGAAAAACAUUGUUGUCACAAGUGGUUUCAUUGGAGGAUUCCUGAUCGGCCUGGUGUCCUAGGGUCUGUGUUCCUAUUGGUGUCGUGAGAAACUAGAGGGAACGAUACAAAUCAUUGCUGGAGGGUGUUCAAGGGUUUCGACAGCCUAUUUAAGAUUAUCUUGUAGCUCUGUGUUUCUACACAAGCCACACAUCCUUUUAUCUACUUUAAUAUUGUACAUGUGACUAGCACUGUCGAUACCUUCUGUGAUAGAGUUCUGGAAAAGUAAGAGUUGUAACGAAGUGCUGAUUACGGGAAGUGAAGGAAGUGUUGCACACUGGCUCAUAUGCAUUUCUAUUUCAUUCAGAUGAUGUUUUUGGCCAUCAGGCCUUCUUCCCAGAUCCACAAUGGUUAAUCCGAUGCUUGGAUGAAUGACCCUCUUCAUAUACUCCACUUUUCAAGCCAAAUAAUGACAUGCAUAUCAUGCAAUAUUAUUUUUUUAAAGAAAGUGUAAAGGCUAUCAGAAUGUUUUUAAAUUUAUUUAUUUUUACCAAAAUGUCAUUGUGAAACAAUGAAAGAAUAUGUAUCGUUAUCUCUGCCUUGUUGCGCACAACUAAGCAAAGCAUGAUGCGGCUAAGUAGAUUUCAACCUUCACACGGCAGGUGGUGUCCACUGGAUUCCAUCAAUGUCAGGGUUAUAUUUUUCAAUCUAGACAUUGUGCUUAAUCAUAUUGCUGAUGGAUCAGAAAGUGUUCUGCCUUUGCUGAGAGGUGCCACAUGUUAAUGGGUUAUGUCUGCCUCCCCUGCAUCUCUCUUUUUAUUAUGUAUUUUGUCUAGCAAUACAUUGAUGCUUUAAGUACAGAAAGAUAUGUGUCUACAAUGUAAGUUUGAUGGACAAAUAAAAAUAACACUCGGUUGAAAUUC